GUAUGCAUGGGCGCGGGCGUGGUUCCGCGUGAAGAUCGGUCGAAAGGUAAGGCGACGACGGCUAUAGGCGCAGCGAGGCGACUUUGUGCCCAUGCCCCUCCUUCUUCUUCUGCUCUGCUCUGCUCUAUUCACUGCUGCGGCCGGUACGCUAUCGUUGACUUGAUCUUUUUGAACAUAUUUUAAUGCAGUCUCUCCAAUGCAGUCUCUCCAGAGCCCAUGUUUCCUUUACCAUCGCGCUGGGUCGGCCCAUCCUUUGCUUCUGCUUGACCGCCUCCUUGCAUCGGGAUGCUCUCUUGUCGAGCUGCCUGCCCGCCUCAUCUCACCCCACCCAUAAUAUCUCGGCCCUUGGCUCUCGCCGGGCGGCGGCCUCCUGCGUCUGCAUUGUCGUCGUCGUCCUUUGUGGCCGAGCCUCGUGGCCCACAGAAGUGUCGACGAGGCCCGGCUAAGACGGCGGCUACUUACCACGACUUUUUGGUCUUCGACUGGGCAGUACCCCGGCACUAGCGAGAGAAGCGGG